UCUAUAAACACACACGGACACAUGCACAACAGAGGAGAAGUCACUGUGAUGAAUUAUUAAAAGACAACGUCCAGAGAGAGGACAGCUCCAGGAGGGAAUCCAGGAAAAACUGGACUACCUUUACUUCAACCAGUGAGUGACUGCAGACUGUACAGAGCUUCAAAUACACACGAGUCAAAGUGAAAGUAAGUUAGAGUAAACUCUGAGGAGGAGGGAGUGGAGCCUCACCAGCUGUCUGCCUGUCGUGAGUUUUGCUUCACUCAGAGGAAAAUGGCUUCUUGUUUCGAGGAGGAUCUGUGCUGUUCUGUCUGCCAUGACAUCUUCAAACAUCCUGUGGUUCUGUCAUGUAGCCACAGCUUCUGUAAAGCCUGUCUGCAGAGCUGGUGGACACAGAAACAGACCCAGGAGUGUCCAGUCUGUAAGAGACCUUCAAAGUUUGAACCUCCUUGUAACUUGGUGUUGAAGAACCUGUGUGAGGCCUUCUUACUACAGAGAGAUCAGAGAGCUUCAUCAGACUCUGAGGCUCUCUGCAGUCUGCACUCUGAGAAACUCAGACUGUUCUGUCUGGAUCAUCAGCAGCCAGCAUGUGUCGUCUGCAGAGACUCUAAAAAACACACCAACCACACAUUCAGACCCAUCGAUGAAGCUGCUCCAGAUCUCAGGGACCAGCUCCAGGACUCCCUGAAACCCAUAGAGGAGAAACUGCAGCGCUUUAAAAAAGUCAAACGAGACUGGAAUGAAACAGGAAAACACAUCAAGGUCCAGACUGCAGACACAGAGAGGAAGAUAAAGGAGCAGUUUAAGAAGCUUCACCAGUUUCUAGAAGAGGAAGAGGAGACCAGAAUCUCUGCACUGAGGGAGGAAGAGGAGCAGAAGAGUCAGAGGAUGAACAAGGAGAUGGAGGCUGUGAGCAGAGAGAUAGCAGCUCUUUCAGACACAGUCAGAGCCACAGAGGAGGAGCUGAGAGCUGCAGACGUCUCAUUCCUGAAAAACUACAAGGCUGCAGUGGAAAGAGUCCAGCAGCACCCCCUGCUGGAGGAUCCACAGCUGCCCUCAGGAGCUCUGAUAGAUGUGGCCAAACACCUGGGCAACCUGAGCUUCAACAUCUGGAACAAGAUAAAGGACAUGGUCUCCUACAGUCCUGUGAUUCUGGACCCAAACACUGCUGGUUCAAAACUCAUUCUGUCUGAAGAUCUGAUCUGUGUGAGACAAGGAGAGGAGACACAGCAGCUUCCUGAUAAUCCAGAGAGGAUUAAUUACAGGUGCUGUGUCCUGGGCUCUGAGGGCUUCAACUCAGGGACUCACAGCUGGGAUGUCGAGGUUGGACAGAGCAUGUGCUGGGAAGUGGGUGUGUUUGAGGAGUCUGCAGACAGGAAGAGAAACAUUAACUCUGGAUUAUGGAGAAUAGUGUUUGAUGAUGAUGAAUACACAGCAUUCACCCCGUCAGGUGAGGGUGUUGAUCUGUCAGUGAGAGGAUGUCCUGAGAGGAUCAGAGUUCAUCUGGACUGGGACAGAAGAAAGCUGUCAUUCUCUGAUCCUGACACCAACACACACAUACACACCUUCACACACACUUUCAUUCACAAGAUGUUUCCAUACAUUUGGACUUCUAAGUAUCGUGCUCUGAAGAUACUACCAGUGAAGGUCUCUGUAUCAGUGAAACAGUAAAGGUAGAUGAUGAAGAUGAUGAUGAUAAUAAUGAUGAUGAAGAUGAUGACGAUGAUGUUGAAGAUGAUGAUGUUGUUCUUGAUUUUGAUGAUGAUGAUUAUGAUGUUUAGAAGAUGUUGACGAGGAUGAUGACGAUGUUGAUGAUUUUAUUGAUGAAGAUGUUGAUGAUGAUGAUGAUGAUGAAGAUAUUGACGAUGAUAUUGUUGAUGAUGAUGAAGAUGAAGUUGAUGAUGAUGAUGAUGUUGAGGAUGAUGAUGAUGAUGCUGAUGAUGAUGAAGAUGAUGAUGAUGACGACGACGGCGGCGACGAUGAUGAUGAUGAUGAUGAUGAUGAUUAUGAUGAUGAUGAUGAUGAUGAUGAUGAUGAAGAUAUUGACGAUGAUAUUGUUGAUGAUGAUGAAGAUGAAGUUGAUGAUGAUGAUGAUGUUGAGGAUGAUGAUGAUGAUGAUGAUGAUGAAGAUGAUGAUGAUGACGACGACGGCGGCGACGAUGAUGAUGAUGAUGAUGAUGAUGAUGAUUAUGAUGAUUAUGAUGAUGAUUUGAUGACUUUAUUUCGA